AUGUCCAAUAAAAUCAAAUUGUUUAUUCAAAAACGGACGUCGUUAAAGUCACAGAUUACUCAUUUAACCAAUCUUCUCGACAAAGAAGGUUUGGAUAAUACCGCAUUAAAAUUGCGUAUGACGCGUCUCACAGAAUUGUACCGCGCAUUCGAAGAAACCAACGACGAACUCGCGGUCUUAGAUCCCAACGACGCGCACGAGGACGAGUUCACUAAUGUCCAAGAGCGAUUCUACGCACUCGCGGCUAGAGUCGAGAACAUCUUAAACCCGGUAAAUUCAUCGAUGGCAAGCACGUCGAGUAACGAGGUUCAGAUCAGGGAAUCAGCAUCCGUAACAACUAACAAAGGCCGACGAAUUAAGCUACCGGAAGCGCCGUUGCCUACGUUUGACGGCAAAUAUGAAAAUUGGCUAUCGUUUAAAAAUGCCUUUCGCAAUCUGAUAGACGCGCAGUCGGAUUUAACAGACAUAGACAAGUUCCACUAUUUGAGGGCAGCGUUGAAAGGCGAGGCCGCGAAUAAAUUGAGAAUUUUCUCGGUCGAUGGAAUUAACUAUUCUCGAGCCUGGGAGUUAUUAGAGAAAGCGUACGAAGUAAAGCGGAUAUUGAUCUCGCGUCAUCUUUUAUUGAUUUUGAACUUACCUACGUUAGAAAGGGAAACCACGGACGGUUUAUCCAAAUUAGCCGAUGAUACGCAACAACAUCUCGCGUCGUUAAACGCGUUAGGAACUACGGUCGGGCCCGAAAUGAUAGUACAUAUCCUUGAAAAUAAAUUGCCAAGGGUUACCCAGGAAAGGUGGGAAGCAUUUCUCGAUAGAGAUGAACUUCCCUCCCUCGAACAACUAUACGAAUUUUUAUACAAGACCGCGGUUUGUGCGUCAAAAAGGGAAAGAACGAAGGCGACGGAUACUGAGAGGUACAAGGGGGAGAUUCCGGCCAAGAAAAGGCGUAUUCAGCCUCCAAACCAAGCGUUCAUAUCGAGCACGGGACAAAAAUGCGUAGCGUGCACUGUUAAGCGUCAUCCGCUCUAUUUGUGUGAGACGUUCAAGCAGUGGCCUGUUUCGAAACGCAUUGAAACGGUAAAAAACGCGAAACUCUGCUACAAUUGUUUACGGUCCCAUCGGGGAGUUCAGUGCAAAUUUUCCAAUUGUACUAUUUGCAAAAAACGUCAUAAUACGCUCAUACACGAUGACAAGUAUACGCCUGUUGUUAAACCUGAUACCUCUCAUUCCGAAGCCGUUAAAACCGAUUGA